GCACGUCAUUAAUGUCAAAUUAUACGAAACAGUGUCAACUUUGUCAAAUUGUAAAAAUAUGUAGGUAUAGAAACAGUGUAAAGUAGUGUAUUGUUAAAUAUCAUUCUACUUAUUUGCCUUUAAAAUUGUACGAAUUACUAUUGUGCAAUUUGAAUUUGCGGUUAAAGUUGCAAGUCAAAAGGGAAGAUCGAUUACUUAAAAUGGACUCGUACGAAAGUGUGAUACUUGUUAAGAAUGAGGUGUUCGUUUUUAAGAUCCCACCACGAACUUCAAAUAGAGGGUACAGGGCAGCAGAUUGGAAUUUACAAGAGCCUCAAUGGACGGGGCGGAUGCGUUUGGUUGCGAAAGGCGACGAGUUGAUAAUGAAGUUGGAGGACAAAACAACCGGAGAAUUAUUUGCGAAAUGUCCUAUUGAUAAAUACCCGGGUUUGGCCCUGGAAGCUGUAACUGAUAGUUCCAGAUACUUUGUCGUUAGAAUCCAAGAUGACAAUGGCCGAAGUGCUUACAUAGGCUUAGGCUUUGGUGAUCGAUCGGAUUCAUUUGAUCUUAAUGUUGCAUUACAAGAUCACUUCAAAUGGCUAAAGAAAGAACAAGAAGGUGAACAGUCACAGCAGCAAAAUCUUGAUCUUGGUUUUAAAGAUGGAGAAACCAUUAAAAUCAAUAUGAAAAUUACUAAGAAGGAUGGCAGUGAAGGCAGUCGGACAAAGCGCGCAGGCGGCAUGUCAGUGGGUGGGCUACUGCCUCCGCCGCCGGGUGGCUCGCGUCUACCGCCGCCACCAUCACCGCAGCACGCUCCUGCCCCUACCCCCGGUGGACCUGCCCCGGCUAAUACCUCUGAAUGGGGAGACUUCAAUUCUGCAAGCGCCACCGCUCAGAAGCCAGUGACGCCUGCCAAUCAACAAAACUGGGUACAAUUUUAAAUGGAUUUCUGACAUUAGGGAGAUAUUGUAAUUUGUUGUCUGAUAUACUUAAGGCAGGUUAGUGUGUUGCACAAUACUUACAAAAUACUUAAUGUUAAAAGACUAUAAACCAAUGUUGAAAUACAGUAGAACCUCGAUAACUCAAACCUCAGUAACUUCAAAAAAUAAUAUGUUCCCUUCCCAUCAGAGCCCAAAACCUCUACAUCAUAGACCCUUGAUAACUUAAAAUCUCUAAAACUCAAUUUUUUUUGUGUUUCCCUUGGACUUUAACUUAUCAGUUCUACUGUAUAUUAACAUUUCAUUAAAUAAAUAUAUCAAAUAUAUGUAUAUGUUGUAACUCUUAUGUAAGUAGAGUUAGUAGUGGUAGAAUUUGCAGCUUGAAAAUAAAGUUUGUUAGUGGCGAUUACCGUUAGAUAAUAUGUAGUACACAUUCUCAAUUAUAUUACAGUAACACAAAGGAACAACACUCUCCAACUAUACAGAAAGUCAUUUUUCUCAUUUAGUUUAAACAUUAAAAAAUGAACAGAGUGUGGCUGCUAUAAUGUAACUCGAAUUUCCCCUGCAUUUUUGGUAUUCAAUCAUGUUGUAUUCUAAAUGUUAACAUUUUUUGUGUAAAAAAAAAACAAAUUGUGUGGUAAAUAAUCUCUGUAAAUAGCUAUUUUAGUUACAGCGGAGUUAUGUACAAAAAUAAUUUCCUUUUGUGUUCUGUUCAAACAUGUACAAAUGUAUUUAAGACCCUAUUUAAUGUACUAUUAUGUAUUGUAGAAAGCUCAACUUCCGCAUAGAUGUUUGCAUAUAAAUAUCAUGUUUUGCUUCUUUAAAAUUUAAAUACAUAAAUAAUCAUAUUAUUUCAAAGGUUUUUUGAAUUAAAUAUAGUGUCUUCGUAAAAUUAAAACAAUUGAAAGAAUGAAUUAAAAAUGAAAAUUCUUACAUCUCUGUAAUGAGGCAGGUAUGUUUUCACACACAAUUAAUUUAGAGAAAUAGUAAAAUGUUUUAAAAUAUCUUUAUUUUGUUGGCCUUAUGAAGCUAUUUUAAUAUGAAAAUAUUACAAUAUAAAUGAGAUGAACAACUAUAUGCGAAAAAAUUAUUUAAUCAUUCCUUUAAAAUAAAAAAAAAUAUUUUUGUAUAAUUUCGGGUGUAGGGCUGUUGAAUUGUGUUAGACAUCUAUGUAUUUAUAUCUCGUUUUUCCAUUUUCAUUAUAACUUAUAAGUUUAUGUUAAUCGAAAAUUAUAAAAAAAUGUAUGUUACUUUAUUAGUUUAAGUUUUUUUAUUAUGUUCAGAAAUAGAUGAUUCACUUUACGUGUUUCUUGGCGAAUUGUUCUUUAUACAUAGUUAUAUUUCAAUAUAUUCACGACUUAUAUGUGAAUUGUAAACAUACUUGAUAAUUGUAUAUGUUAUGGCAGUAGUACUGGGCACUUGUAAGUAAUUAAAACUUUGUUGCGACACUGUUUAAAUAAUAAAUAUAUUAUUAUGGA